AUGACCUCGCCAUCCUCACCCCCAGCCAAAACCUUCCAAGGCUGGGUCGCCCACGACGCAACCAGCCCUCUGACCUUCACGACCUUCUCUCCAAAACCCUUCACAGACAUCGACGUCGAGAUCGCCGUGUCUCACUGUGGUAUUUGCGGAACAGACAUCCACACCUUACGCUCAGGCUGGGCCCCAACCGACUAUCCCUGCGUGGUCGGCCAUGAAAUCGUCGGGACAGUGGAGCGGGUAGGCAGCGGCGUCGCAACGCUAGCCUCAUCCACGGAGUCGCGCAAAAUCCGCGUCGGCGACCGUGUCGGAAUCGGCGCGCAGAGCAUGUCCUGUCUGCGGCCGGACUGCGAGGCCUGCGCCGACGGCCAGGAAAGCUACUGCGCGCGUAUGACGGGGACAUACAACGGCCGCUACUCCGAUCAGAGCAAGUCAUAUGGCGGAUUCGCGACGCACUGGCGCGGGCCUGCGCAUUUCGUCUUUCGCAUCCCGGACGCCCUGCCAUCUGCUGAAGCAGCGCCGCUCCUCUGCGGCGGGGUGACAGUCUUUGCGCCGCUGCGGAAGUACGGCGCCGGACCGGGGAAGACGGUCGGCGUUGUUGGAAUCGGAGGACUGGGCCAUAUGGGGAUUCUAUUUGCGCGCGCUCUGGGCGCAGACCGUGUCGUAGCUAUAUCACGCUCAUCGAGUAAGCGCGCCGAUGCGCUGCAGGGACUCGGCGCGGACGCUUUCAUCGCCACCGACGAGGACAAGGGCUGGGGGAAGCAGCACUCGCGGUCUUUGGAUAUUAUUAUCUCGACCGUUUCCGGGCCUGGCAUGCCUCUCAGCCAGUACCUGCGUCUGCUGAAACGGGACGGCACCUUCGUCCAGGUCGGCGCGCCCGAGGACGCCCUUCCGCCGCUGAAGGCAUUCUCGCUGAUCCAGAAGGGCGUCAAGAUCACCGGAUCGAACAUCGGGUCCCCGGACGAUAUUCGGGCUAUGCUACAGCUGGCCGCCGAAAAACGGGUUUUUCCUUGGAUCCAGAAGAGGCCCAUGGCCGAUGUCAACGCCGCACUGGCGGAUAUGCAUGACGGCAAGGCUCGGUUUCGCUAUGUGUUACAGAACGGGGACGUCCAGGCGAAACUGUAG